AUGACCACAUUAAAAAUUCAACUUCAGUUUGGUGGUGGAGCAGAGUUAUUAUUUGACAAAAUAAAGAAGAGAGAAGUAGAACUGCCAUCAUUGAAAAAGUAUUUUCCAGAAAGUCAGAAAGAGAAAUGGACAAUAAAAGAAUUAUUAGUAUGGAUGAAAGAUAAUUUAUUAAUGGAAAGGCCAGAAUUAUUUGUACAGGGUGAUUCAGUGCGACCGGGUAUCUUAGUAUUAAUAAAUGAUGCGGAUUGGGAGCUAUAUGGAGAAUUAAGUUAUGAAGUUCAAGAAAAUGAUGUUAUUAUGUUUAUAUCUACAUUACAUGGUGGAUAG